AUGAUCCAGUUGGCGUUGCCCCUUUUGGAAGGUGGAAGUAUUGCCGGUGUUGGCAACGAGGAGUAUGUUUUUAAAUGUUAUUGUAGAAAUAAGUUGAACUUGUACUACACUCCUGGCAGCCCGCCAUGCAGAUCCGUUUUACUGACUGCCAAAGCUUUGGGUUUGGAAUUUAAUUUGAUAUUUAUGGAUCUCUUCAAGAAUGAUCAUAUGACACCAGGAUUUGUCAAGCAAAAUCCUCAACACACUUUACCUACCCUGGUUCAUGAUGGUUUUAUUUUAUGGGAGAGGUGAGUAUAAGUUAUGAUAUUUAUUAGAUAACUAUAGAAGUUAUAAUUAUUGAAUAAUAUAAUAUAUAAAAUAAUAUAUUUGGUUUACUGGUACACGUUACUUGAAAUACAAAGUUAUUCCGACUAGUGAUAAGAUAAGAUAAGAUAAGAUGAGUUUCACGAAAUGAUUUAUGCAUUAUUUAUUAUUGGUA